CUCCUCGAUCGACAUUUUAACACACUGUUGGAAGCGACCUGAGCGAAAAUCCGAACAGGAAAGAGUCCGCAACCCGUAAAAUCGUGGGGAAGUUGAUUGACUGCCUGGCUGACGAUAUCUGGAGAAACCAGCCACAAAGGGCUCAACCUCAACUCCGCACGGGCAACAGCGCAGGUUCAAAAAAAAAAAAAAAAGUCCACGCCCGGCCCACCAGAGCCCAACAACGUCCGCUCCAUCGGUUCAAAGCCUUGAGUUGCAGUUUUUUAUCGGCACGACAUCACGCUACCGAUCUACUUUCUUUGAGCUCACGUCCACCGUCAGUAUCAACUACUGUACUCGCCGGCCAUCAGGAUAGAGCAGAGCAAACAAUAUGCCACCAAGAGUCAACAUCCCCCCUUUAACAAGGGGUUGCCUGGUAGUAUGCGUCUUCCUAUCCGUCCUUACCGGCGCUCUUCGCUACCGGGACCGGGUGGCUCGUCAAGAAGAAUACCCCCCGGAUUCACCAACUGGCGGCGGCGGAUCACAGAUCUACACAGUCCCCUACUUGACGGUUGUCCCGGCCCUGUCGAUAGUGUUUCCGUGGACGUUUUUGACAGCGGCGCUGGUGGAACAGAAUAUAUUUACCUUGGUCAUUACACUAGCAACCCUGUUCUAUGGGGGGAAGUACUUGGAAAGGGCGUGGGGAUCCAGAGAGUUUGGAAAGUUCCUGUUGGUGGUAGCGGUCGUUCCAAAUGUCACCACUUUUUUUAUAUAUAUCGUUUGGUUCGCACUGACUGGGAAUAUCGAGCGGUCGUUUGCAACAAUCUGCGGCGGCGUGGCGGCCCAGUCCGCCUUCCUGGUAGCCUUCAAACAGCUAGUUCCCGAGCAUACGGUAACCCUCUUCAAAGGCAUCCUAAAAAUCCGCGUGAAGCACUUCCCAGCAGUAUUCCUCUUCCUAAACACCCUCAGCGGCCCCAUCUUCGGCACCGACGUCUCCGUAACCCUGGCAUGGCUCGGCUUCUUCUCAUCCUGGACAUACCUCCGCUUCUACAAAACCUCCCACGCGGACCUCUCCACCAAUCAAUCCCCGACUCUCAAGGGCGAUGCUUCCGAAACCUUCGCGAUGGCAUACUUCUUCCCAGACCCACUGCACCGGCCCGUCGCCAUCAUCUCCGAAGUCGUGUACAACCUCCUCGUGAGCUUCAAGAUUUGCACGCCCUUCUCCGCAGCCGACAUUUCGGCCGGGAAUUCAAGGGCAGAGGCCAGGGGGGAUGCGAGCUUGGGAACGCUGUUGGGCGGUGGUGGGAGAGGCGCUGCGCAACCAGGAAGUGCGAGGGCUGAAGCCGAGAGGCGGAGAGCUAUCGCUUUGAAGGCACUGGAUCAGAGGUUGCAUGCCGCGGCGAAUAAACCCCCUGGAUCCCAGGCUGUUGUUAACGGUGGGGGUAAUGGCGGCGUGCUCGGGGAGACGAGUUUAGAUACUGAACAGGCGGGGCCUUGA